UGGUGUGGAAAUUUAAAAGAAAGACGCCCGCCUCGCCUCAAGUUCUUGAAAGCCGCCAGAGAAGACUUCUCUAGACGCUUCUCGUUUUUGCUUUUUACCAAGUUAGGAGCAAUGGCGCAGCAGUUUGUAGACGGGAAAAUCAGCGGAAACAAAGUCGUCGUAUUCCUCAAGCCGACGUGCCCUUACUGUGUCACCGCGAAGCAGGUGUUGUCCAAGUAUAAUAUUAAAAACGGGCAUCUGGAGUUUGUGGACAUUAGCAAUCUACCGGAUAUGAGCAGCAUUCAGGACUAUUUAAUGAAGAAAACUGGAGCGAGGACGGUUCCACGUGUAUUUAUUGGUGAAGAGUGCAUUGGAGGAGGGAGUGAUGUGGAUCAGCUAGACAGGAGAGGAGAGUUGGAAGGAAGGCUGCAAGCCAUUGGAGCCUUGAACUAAUACAAGUGCGUAUCUGGGAAGCAUCCUUGUCACAUGACAGCACAGCACGAUUUUUGGACACAGAAUUGCUGCCUAAAUUUUGCAAGGUCCUGCAUGUAUACCCUUGAAGGCCACCUGUGCUUCUCGAUGAAAUCUUGGUCUUCCUCUGCAAAAAACAAGAAUGGAACAGGUUUAUUGUGUGGUUAUUGAAAGAAAAUGUUUUAGUGUAACGUAAAAUUCGUUAUUUAAAAUAAUAAAUAUGAAAUAUUUUUGAAAUGUAGUUUUGCCAUUAUUUGUCUUUUAACAACCAGAUGGCUCAGGCUACAGCAGUCUCACACAAGUACCACAGCAUCAGGAAAAGCAGUAGAUAUCAGUAAAGUAGAACUGGUAAUCUAUGGUCAUGGUCUGUUUCUUGGUCUUAUGUAACCAAUAUCUUUGUAACAGUAUUUAUCCUUAUUUAGAAAUUAGCUGAUAAGUCUGUCCAUCAUCAAACCCAUUUAAUCCAUUCCAGGAGUGUCUCACCUGCUUAGUCUGGAGUUGUUAGUUAACCAGCACUCAUCUGUGAGAUGUGCAUUGAAAACUGGAAUCUGAUAAAUGUCUGUCUUUAAA